CACAAGAGUUUUUCCCUCGCAUCCUCUUUGCUUCUCUCUGUUGAAGCAGAUCAGAGCAGUUAGAGAUCCUGGCUCGAUGGAGAAGAAGGUGGUUCUGAUCACAGGCUGCUCCUCGGGAAUCGGCCUCAGCCUGGCUGUCCGGCUGGCCUCCGACCCCGACAAAACAUUCAAAGUGUAUGCCACAAUGAGAAACCUGGCCAAGAAGGAGCGUCUCAUAGAGUGUGUGAAAAGCCUGCACAAAGAUACCUUGGACAUCCUGCAAAUGGACGUGACCGGCUGGCAGUCCAUCCUGGAUGCGAGGGACAGGGUUGUGGAGAAACGAGUGGACAUUCUGGUGUGUAAUGCGGGUGUGGGUCUGAUGGGGCCGCUGGAGGUGCAGUCCUUGGACUCGAUGAGGCAGAUUCUGGAGGUCAACCUUUUCGGUACCAUCCAGACCAUCCAGGCGUUCCUGCCAGGGAUGAAGGCUCGGGGUCAGGGCCACAUCCUGGUCACGGGGAGCACAGGAGGGCUUCAAGGUCUCCCCUUUAAUGAGGUGUACUGUGCCAGUAAGUUUGCAAUAGAGGGAGCAUGUGAGAGUUUGGCAAUCCUCCUGCAACACUUCAAUAUCCAUGUGAGUCUUGUUGAGUGUGGUCCAGUGAACACUGACUUCCUGGUGAACCUGCAGAAGGCAGAGCUCGGGGACACAUCUCUGCAACAGGUCGAUGACCUCACGCUCAACCUCUAUGAAAAAUACCUGCAGCACUGUGGCUCUGUUUUCCAAAACGCAGCCCAGGACACUGAGGACAUUGUGAAGGUAUUUCUGGAAGCCAUCCAGUCACCCAGCCCUGCCUUCAGAUACUUCACCAGCGGGGACGUGCCACCUCUCACCAAACUGAAGGCCACAGAGCCAGGUGGCUCGCGGUACAUCAGUGCUUUGAGCAAAACCAUGUUCUCAUCUGAGGAACAAUAAUUGUGCCUCGUUUUCAACCAAGCCACUAGUUGCUCUUCUUUUUUCUUCGUGUACAGAGUUUUAUGUUGUUGUUCUCUCAGUUUUGUGUUUUGGAGUUAAAGUUGGGGCACUGUGACUCACCGUGGUGACUCAAAGUUCAGUUUUAUAUUUUAACAUGGAGGGACUGCAUGCUUCUAUUUUUGUGAAUCACGUUUAAAAAUGUAUAUUCCUUUUCGACAAUUUUAAGAUUUGAAAAAUAAACAAAGUUUUGGUUGUUGGAGACAUUUUAAGUAAGUAUUAUGUUGAGUGAUACAGCAGCUUCUUAAUUUUUACCAUGUGAUAGUGUUGUUACCACACUGGUUGGCAUAUUUUCACAAGGCGUGCUUCUGGAGAACCACAACCAGAAACCAUUGUGUUACUCCAAAGCAUGAAACAAAACAAGAUGCAGGAUUGUUCUCCAUAAAAUAAAUACAUUGUAUGUUGUUUUCUUUUUGUGUGUUUUCUGAAUGACUUGCAUUAAAAUUCCCCUUGAUGGUUAAAUGAACCAUGAACUGAAA